AUGGCUCCGCUCGCCGACGCGCUGUUGUCUGUAAUUCCCAAGCAAUGGCAUCUGCCAGAAUACCUUGUGUCCUACCAGGCCGGUGUCACUCCGCUCUCGACUCCCCCCGUCGUCGUUGCAUGCUUGAUUGGCUAUUUGACUACCAUCUUCAGUCUGCGCGAGGUCAUGCGUGCUCGUGAUCCCAUGAAGCUUACCGUUCCCUUCCAAAUCCACAAUAUUUAUCUCACUGCCGGUAGCGGUCUCCUCCUGCUCCUCAUGGUCGAGGAGAUCUUCCCUAUCUGGUGGAAGAACGGCCUCUUCAAUGCCAUGUGCGCCGAGACCUCUUGGACUCCCAGGCUCGAAUUUUAUUAUAUGAUCAACUAUUAUAUCAAGUAUAUUGAGCUUGCCGACACGGUUUUCCUCGUCCUCAAGAAGAAGCCUCUUGCCUUCUUGCACGUCUUCCACCACGCUGCCACCGCUCUGCUCUGCUUUACUCAAUUGAACGGCCGCACCAGUGUUUCAUGGGUUCCGAUCGUCCUCAACUUGACCGUUCACGUUUUCAUGUACUACUACUACUGGGCUACUGCUGGUGGACGUAAGAUCUGGUGGAAGAAGUACCUCACCACCAUGCAAAUCACCCAGUUCGUCAUUGACCUCUGCGCUGUCUACUUUGCCAGUUACUCGUACUUUAGCGCUACCUACUGGCCCUUCAUGCCUACUCUGGGGACUUGCUCUGGAACCGAGGGUGCUGCGCUCUUUGGUUGUGCGCUCUUGACCAGCUACUUGUUCCUCUUUAUCGACUUUUACAUUCGCACCUACAAGGCACCUGUCAAGGGCAAGGCGAAAUCCUCGUAA